AUGCCGCCGCCGCGCGGCGGCGACGGAGCGCUCUCGCCGACGCGCGCCUGCGCCGCCGACGGCGGGGCCGCCGCCGCGGGCCAGGGGCCAAUGGCCGCCGAUGGCGCGGGCCCGCCCGAGGCCGUGGAUGACGGCGGCUGGCGGCGGCGGCUGGUGAGCGGGGCGGCGGCGGCGAGCUGUCUCGGGUCAGGCCCGGACCUCCCCGCGGCGCGCGCCGCGGCCCGUGCUCCGCCUGCGGGCAUCUCGGCCUUCCUCGCUGCUCCUCUGCGCGGCAUCGGGCUCCACGGGCCCCCUACCCCACCUCUACGCCCCCACCUCUUCGAAGAAUUCGACACGCGGUCUGGGGAGGACGCGGACGUGUCGCUGCUGCGCGGGCGCCUGGGCCUCGAGAGGCGCGGGAAGGGCGUGGAGCCCAGGUUCUUCGUCCUGAGGCCGGACCGCCUGGACUACUACACGGACGAGGCGCAGGCUGCGCUCGCGGGCCCCGCGCGCGGUCGCCUCUGCCUGAGCGACGUGCUGUCGCUGGAGCCGAGGGGCGACGGCGCCCUCGUGCUCACGCUGGAGAGCGGCGGCGGCGUGGCGCUGGUGCCCCUCGAGGCGGCAGGCCUCGGGCCGUGGGCCCGUGCGCUGCGGGAGCUCCGCGGCGAGCCCCCCGCGGCGGGGGAGCAGGACUGCGCAGCCGGAGAAGACCAGGUCGCCAGCAGCGGCGACGAGAGUGGAGAUGGCGCUGAACCCCCCGGGCGCGUCGUCCGGCGGGGGCUGCUGCGCAUCCAGCGCCCCAGGGGCCACCGCUUCGGCGUGCUCUACGAGGGCCGGCUGGAGUGGUUCCGGAACGAGUCCGAGGCGGAGUCGGGGGCGGCGCCGCGCGGCGUGCUGGCCAGCGCCGACCUGGUUGGCGCAGAGAGGGCCCCGGGCGGCUUCGUGCUCCGCCUGGCCGCGGGCGCUGGUGAGGAUGUGCACUGCAGCCCCGUGUUCGACCCUGGCGGUGAUGUGGCGUGGCUGGCGGCGCUGCAGGAAGCCUUCGGCCCUGCUGCUGGAGGCCCGCAGAGGGCGCCCCGCUGCGGCGCACCACCAGAGCCCUCUGGCGCAGCCGCGCCGCAGAGGGCCCGCGCCUGCCAAUCUCCACAGGGGCCCUGCGCCACCUCGCCUUCUGAUCAGUGCCACGUCUGGUCGCCAGGUGGGCCGAAGGUGGCCCCGGGCACCGCGAGCACGCCAUCUGUCAGGACACCUCCGAGGGCUGCGGGGGCUGCCAGGACAUCUCUUCUGCACGCCGCCCCUGCCGCCUCCAAGGCUGAGCCUUCGUCACGCCUGCAAGCCCCGCAGCGCGCCGCGGCCGGGGCCACCCCAGCGAUGCGGCCGUCGGCAGGCUCGCCUGCGCCCACCCGGUUCUCACCCGCAGCGGGGACGCCCGACGGCGAGUGUGCGGACGCGGUGCUCGGGCUGGCGCCGGAGGGGGCGGCAUCCGCCCCGGCCUCUCGAGCCACGCCGCGCGCCUCGGCCGAGGCGCCCGCCCGAGACCAGCAGGCGGCCGCCAUGGAGCAGGCGCAGCAGCUGCUCGCUGCGAUGCUGGACGGCGGCGGUGCCCCGGGCGCUGCGGCC